CCUCCUGCAAAGCGUAUAUACGACGUGCCACACACAGCCCUCGCGAGAAACUUCUCUUUCGAACUUUCAUUAAUUGUGCAUCGAUUAUUCCUCGGUAUCUUUUUACCGUGAGUCCUUCUUACGGCGCGGACACUCCGUACACACUUCUAACCCAACUUAGCGGAUCCGGAAUCACUCGGAAUGUAAUCGCUACGGCGAAGUUGUUCGUAAACUUAUUAACAUGACAAUUACGCACGCGUGAGUUUGUUGGAAUUGUAUUUUUUCUUCCACCGUCGUUUUACCACGCUUCCCGGACAUUCACUGACAACUCGGCCCUGUUAGAAUAUUACAGGGAAACAAUGAAUUUUUAGCCGAUCGGAAUCCACUUGCGCCUUUAUUUAUUUAUUUCACCAUUGUUUCCUUUUUUCCUCGACGCGCCGUUGCCGUAAUAACUCGUGCACGUUACGCGAACAAGUUGACAUUCUAGAUAAAAAAUCUUUCUCGAGAGAAAAAAAAUAACUUUAUAUCUACGGAUAGAAACGUUUUGUAUCGUACAGUCUCGAAUAACGAACCAUCAUCGGGGCUGUCGGUUUUAAACACUUUUGCACAUGAUCCUCCCGUGAAGUCACGUUAAUAGUAAUACACGAAUAAAUAACUAUGAAGCCACACACAGUUUACGAGGUUCUGCUCGCUGGUGCACUAUUGUACUCCUCACAGCAUAUGGAAUUUUAAUUACGCCAUAGUAGACGGUGAUUUAACGCGGACUCAGUGAGAUACGUGCAUUUUCGUACGAACACGGACAACACCGUCUCGAACAUUUCGUACAAACGAUGUGAAACGGAGAAAAAAAAAUCAUGGAAAAGUGAUACGAGAGCCAGUCAGCGUGAUACACAAAAAAUCACGUACAAUACUAUUUCAGAAAGACCGUUUUCUCUCAGAAUAAAUCCCAUUGUUUCCGUUCCGGAGAGAUUCCGAUUAUUUUAGAUCGAGGAAAGUCUAUGUAUCGCGAGAAAUCGCACAAAGAAACUAGUGCCAGGCAUCUUCGAAAGAAAGUCGCAUCGCGUCGAUGAAAUUGAAGAAUUGCAUGGUGCCUAGUGUGUCGGCGGUUGAUACAGCCCUGGAAAUUGUGGCGGCGAAGCCGCCAAGAGGCGCGCGCAGUCCACGAAAUAUCCAAGCGUUUCCCCGCGGCCGACAUGUUCGCGCGGCCAACAGCUGUUCCGAAAGGCGAGCGAACUCCCCAUCGUAAUCUGGGUCAUGGAAACUGCGCAAAAUGGGUUGCACUUGCACCGAAAACGCGCAUUUCUUCAAAAAUCGCUGGAUCGCCUUCAGAAUUUCGUCUAAUCCUAUGGACGGAACUAGCACGCGAUAUGUUGCUGUCCACACUAUAAAUUGCCAUUCGAAAUAUGCAACCUCUUGCGACCAGCCGUUGCAUAUCUGUCAACGUGCUUGACUGGUUCCCGAGCAGAGAGCCGUGCGUCGAUUGGCCGAGGAUUUUCGGGCAUCGACCUACGCGCGACUCUCGAAACUAGGAUCGCGAGUAUUUCGCAAAUUUUUCUUUACUCGAACACUCGACUGUCCUACGAACGCGAAUAUCCCUUCGAUACUGGUGUACUCGAGUAUCGCGUUGUAUAUCGGGUCUGUAGUUAAAUAUUCAAGCUGUCAGUAUGGCCAGUAUCUGGAUACCUGAGUAGUCGAAGUGAAUGUGAUUCGAGUCAUUGAGUAUUUCUAUAUUAUAUACGUUAAUUGUGAAUUGCGUAUAUUUUAAAUCGAAUCUCUUGAAUUUAUUAUUGCUGAAUUUCUGUUAAACUUAAUGUACAUUGAACAAUGUAACUUUGUUGUACAUGUCAUAAACUUACAAAAUGAUUCACGACUUCUUCCUGUAUUAACUGUGUUUAAGGAACAGACAGAAAAAGCGAGAUCUUUAUGAAACAUUCAAACGCUGAAUUAUUUGAGUAGUCAAUCCAUGGACAUAGGAAUAUAAUGACGGAAGGUAUGAUUUGCUGGAUAGUACGUUAUUCGAGGGAGAGGGGCCCCCAACAUUGACGCCUGGAUUUCAUUGGAUGGUUUUCCACGCAUGCUCUGUACCGGGAAUUAUGAAAUACUAUGAACUACUAACUAAUAUCACAGACUUUUUCGGUAUUAAUAUUAAUUUCACAAGGAAAUCUUGUAAAUAUAAAACCUUGGCGUCCUUCAAAUCAAUUUUCAAUGCAAAGAGAUUUAUUUUAUGAAUAUAGUUUCAGGACUCCAAAAUAUAGAAUGCACGUACAAGCGGAAGUGAUUUCCCAAUGCACAUACCUACUGAAGUAGCUGCAACUUUGCAAUUUUAAUAUACGUCGAAAGGAUUAUAAUGAAUUAAAAUAUUGAAUACAGGUUAUAAAACUGGAAAUUAUUAUUUUUUCUAGGUAUCAAGACUUUGUGGGGAAGCAUUAUAGAUGAUACGAAGAAUAUUUUCAAGAAACGUAUAUAAUAAGGGAUUAAAUGUAGAAAAAUGUAAAGGAUAAUGUCAUAUUGCCAAUGAAGAAACAACAGCAUUGGCUCAAAGUUAUAUUUUUUAAGGUCACUUAAUUUAGAAACACGAAACAAGUUCUAAUAAAUGUUUCGCCUCUCUAAGAGUGUUCUGGAGUACCAUUUGUCCAUAUUAAAAAUUCCAUUUAAUAUGUCUUUUUCGGUAUUUCCUUCAUGGGAUUUCCAUUCACUUUUCUUUGUAAUACCGUGUGAUUUAGCGAAGUAUCCGCUGCACACGUGAAACGCAAUCGGUAUCUAUGGAGUAUGUAUAUAUGUAAAUACAUACACUACACCACGUGAUCGAUUUGGUAUUCUCUUUUACUCUUUAUAACACUGUUAAAUUUAUAAGUUCUUUUUUGAAAAAUUAUCAGUAUUGCGAUCAUGUAAAAAUCAAUACGUACAGAAUUAAGGUUAACACGAUAUUCGGCUCAUCGUGAAUUCGGAUAUUGGCAAGAUUUUGAAACAAUCUUUUUCUACUAUAACGUGUAUCACGUUGAGUUGAUCGAAGUUAGAAUUUGUUUGAUUAUUUCGUGUGGUAUUAAUCUUUAGAAAAACUGGUACUUUCAUACAGUUCUUAAACUACCAAAUCAUUCACCAUGAUACACACAUGACAAAGAUUACAAUUUAAUCAAUUUUAUGUAAUAAGAAUUUGAUAUUACAUACUUUUGAUAAAAAUAUUAUCUUCAGAAUGUUUAAAAAAGUGAUUGUGGGCAUAUCUGGUGGGGUAGAUAGUGCUGUAGCAGCAUUUAUGUUAAAAAAUAAAGGAUUCAAUGUUACUGGAGUAUUUAUGAAAAAUUGGGAUCUUGUUGAUGAAACAGGACAAUGCAAUAUAGAAAAAGAUUAUGAGGAUGCACAAUGGGUGUGUAAUAAGUUACAAAUACCUCUUGUAGAAGCAAGUUUUACCAAAGAAUAUUGGAAUAAUGUUUUUAGUUAUUUGAUAGAACAUUAUGAGAAAGGAUUCACUCCAAUUCCAGAUAUUGUAUGCAACAAAAUAAUUAAAUUUGAUAAAUUCUUUCAAUUUGCACGUACUGAGCUUCAAGCUGAUGCUAUUGCAACUGGACACUAUGCUAGAACUAGUUUUGGUCCUUACCUUCAGGAUUUUAAACCAGAUACAAAUGUUCAAUUAUUUAAAGCAACAGACAAAGAUAAAGAUCAAUCAUUCUUUUUAUGCCAGAUACCACAAGAAUCAUUACGAUACUCUAUGUUUCCUUUGGGACAUUACUUGAAAACUAAUGUUAAGCAAAUUGCUCGAAAAGUUGGUUUGGAUUUAGUUGCUAAAAAAAAAGAAAGUAUGGGUAUAUGCUUUGUGGGAAAACGAAAUUUUCAGAAUUUCAUAUCUGAGUACAUACCAGAAAAGCCAGGUAGUUUUGUAAACUUGGAGAAUGGAAAAGUGGUUGGAGAACAUAAGGGUUUUCAUCAUUGGACUGUAGGUCAAAGAGUAAAAAUUGCAGGACAGUCAGAAGCAUUUUUCAUAUAUAAGAAGAUUGCUAAGAGUAAUAAUAUACUUGUAGUACAAGGAACGAAUCACCCAGCAUUAUAUUCAGAUCUAGUGAAAACUGAAACUCCUCAUUGGAUAUCUGAAGAACCGAAGAAACUUAAUAAUUUUUUUAACAUCAUGCAUUGCAAUUUUCUCUUUCAACACAGAGAUCCUCCUGUUCCAUGUAAAAUUAUGAAAACUGUAACCAAUGAAUUAAUUAUUAAAAUUAGUCAACCUUUAAGAGCAAUUACAGAGGGGCAGUUCGCAGUUCUAUACAAUGGAGAAGAAUGUCUGGGCAGUGCCAUGGUUGUAAGUCCCGGUGCGUCGUAUUUUUCCUUCGAUCGAGAAGUAAGAAUGGAACAUUGGCGAAGGCUCAGUAAGAAGGCAAAAAUUGCGCCAAAAUCACAGCGAGCGAGUUACAGAGACAUAAAAAGAAACAAAAGAUUGUCAACAACUUGAAAUCAGAACCGUAAGAAUUUUAUUUUUCACUGUAAAGUAUUUUUGGUUACAACACAACGUUAUUGUGAAAAGUAGAAAAUAAAGAU